AUGGCAGAGGCUAUGGCGGCUCGACUGGAGGCGGCACUUGCGCUGACGGAUGAUGCGGUGGUGGAGUUUGGGGAAGCUGGAGCAGCGACCAUUGCUGCGUCUGGCUUUUAUCUGGUGGGUCGUAUGUUGGCACCUAGGGCAGAGGAUGAUGCUGGAUUGCUCAAGGCGAUGGCGGUGGUAUGGGGCCUGCGUGAUCGUCUCUCGAUCACGAAGGUUGAGGGGGACCGGUUUCAGUUCCGUUUUGUGGUGAAGGAGGAAGGUCAGAGGGUUCUACACGAUGGCCCGUGGCAUUUCAAGAACUGGAUGCUCUUGCUGGAGGAGUAUGACUGCUUUGGGGCGCUGGAGUUAGUUCCACUGAACUCAUUAGAGGCAUGGGUCACAGUGCGACGUCUACCUCCACGCUUGCGGACGGAAGAGUCGUUGAUGCUGAUUGGAUUGUCGAUGGGACGGUUUCUGAGGGCAGAGAAGUUUGCACAGCAACGAGGUUCUCCUGAACAACGUUUCCGGGUCCUCUUGGACGUUCGCCGGCGUCUCUAG